AUGUCACUGAACGUUGAUUAUCCGGUGACAAACAUAACAAUUAAACUUUGCAUCCAUUUCUCACAUCUCACCGUCUCUCUCUCUUUCUCUAUCUGCCUUUUCCUCUCCCUAUUUCCUUCUCUCCCCUCCUUCUUUUCCUCUCUCUCCUUCUUUACCUCUCUCUCGCUACCCCUCCCUCUUUCUCCCAGUUUCUUUCCCUCUCUCUCGCUAUCCCUCCCUCUUUCUCCCAGUUUCUUUCCCUCCCUCUCGCUAUCCCUCCCUCUUUCUCCCAGUUUCUUUCCCUCUCUCUCUCGCUAUCCCUCCCUCUUUCUCCCAGUUUCUUUCCCUCUCUCACAGUCCCUAUCUUCUAUUCUCUCUCUAUUUCCUCUCUCUCUCUCUCUAUCUCUUAUCGAAUGGGGCCGAGAUAAUGAAGACAUCGAUAACGAGGAUGGUGAUGCCUCUGAUUAUAUUGGGUAA